AGAAUUUUGCAAUUAACUGAAGCCUGUGGUUCUGUAAAAAUUAAGGCAUUUUACGCAUAAAUUUUAAGAUGGACAAACUUUUCGCUGAGGCGAAGUUACGAAAAAUACCCACUGGGUUGAUAAACGGAAAUCUAGGUCUUCAGUUUGAAGAAGAUGGUUUCAGUUCGCCUGAUAGUGAUGCUGAAGAAAGCACCACAGUUUACGAACAAGACUAUGUUAGCAAGGAGAUGAAGAAGUAUGCAAAUUUUACAGCGCUGCCACUUGACCAGGAUGAUGAUGAUGAUGGUCUAUCUUGUGUGGAUGGGGUGGAUUUUCCAAGACAAAGUGUAGGAGAAAUAUACAAAGCCCAUAACUUUACCUCAAAAUUCACAAAACCUGAGCUAGCCAUUGAUUCUUUUAAAAACGAGAUUCUUAAAGUUUUAAACACUUACAAUGUUUUAAUCAUACAAGGAGACACAGGUUGUGGAAAAACAACUCAAGUUCCUCAGUACAUUUUGGACGAAUACCGACAAAAAAAUGAAUAUUGCAAAAUUGUCAUUACACAACCGCGUAAAAUUGCAGCUAUUAAUGUUGCUAGAAGGGUUUGUGAGGAAAGGGGAUGGGCCUUGGGAACUGUUUGUGGAUACCAGAUUGGUUUGGAAAAAAAAGUUGGUCAUGAUUCUCUUAUAACCUACAUGACCACUGGAGUUUUGUUGCAAAAACUCAUAAUGCAAAAGUCUUUGCAUGAAUAUUCCCAUAUUAUUAUAGAUGAGGUUCAUGAAAGAAAUCAAGAUUUGGACUUUUUGUUGCUUAUUAUUCGAAAAUUUUUGUUUACCAACUCACCUCACACAAAGGUAAUACUUAUGUCAGCCACCAUAGUGGCCCGAGACUUUGCCUACUACUUCAGAAGCCAAAACAAUGACGGGGAGGCUAUGCUGGCCCCGAUAUUUACCAUCGACAAAAAGAACGUGUUCACGAAACAAGUGUUCUACGCCGACCAACUGUCCCUAAAAAACAUUCCUCUCGUCGAGAGAACCCGCCCGGAAAUCAACGACAUGAUGUUUCAGAUUUUCAAGUACAUUUUGAUGGCGUUCGAUAAGAUCGACGUUAGAGAUCCGGUGACGAAAGAGAGGCGCGUUGGGAGCGUUUUGGUGUUUUUGCCCGGUAUUUACGAGAUUGAAGAGGCCAGCAAGAUGCUCAACCAAUUCAACAGGACUGGCCCAGACGACAUUAAAUGGGACAUUAUCCCGCUACAUUCCAGCUUACCAAACGACGAACAAGCUAAAGUGUUUAAAACCCCUCGAGCCGGCUACAGAAAAAUCAUUCUUUCCACCAACAUAGCUGAAAGUUCCAUUACAGUGCCAGAUAUAUACUUCGUCGUGGACUUUUGCCUUACGAAAGUUUUGGUUGUGGACCCUUUGACGAAAUACAGCAGCUUGCAGCUGGAAUGGGCCUCGCAUGUUAAUUGCGAGCAAAGAGCUGGUAGGGUUGGUAGAGUGGAUAAUGGUAGAGUCUACAGGAUGGUUCCUGCCAAGUUUUAUGAGUCGAUGGACAAAACCAGCGUGCCGGAGAUCCUUCGCGCGCCCCUCGAGAGCGUCGUCCUGAAAUCCAAGAUGCUAAACGUGCACGACACGCCCAAACAAAUCCUCGCGCUCUCGAUGAACCCGCCCAACCUCAAAAACAUCGACUGGACCAUCUUAAACCUGAAAGAGGUGGGCGGCCUGCUGCAAACCUGCCGCGGCGUCCGCUCCACUUCCGACGGCGAUCUAACUUUUUUGGGCACCGUCAUGGCUUCGAUGCCUUUGGACGUCAGACUCUCCAAGUUGAUUGUACUCGGGUACAUGUUCAGUUGUCUCGAGGAAGCCAUCAUUAUCGCCGCUGGUUGCUCUAUUCAAAACAUUUUUUCAAUUCCAUUUCAACAAAGAUUUUUGGCAUAUAAAAAACUGCUCCUUUGGUCAGAUGGAAGUUGUAGUGAUGCCAUAACUCUGCUUACUCUUUACAACGUUUGGAAUUCUUUUCAAAGAGAAAAUCGAUUUCAAAACAUGUCGGAAGCUGUAGCCUGGUGCAGGAAAAACUACGUGAGCUUCAAAGGGAUGAAAGAGUGGACGUUGCUGAUUUCAGAAAUUAAAAGUAGACUGAAUAGUUUCAACAUUGUCGACACCGGCGGCCAGCGCCGCAGAAAUUUGACAGAGACAGAAAAACCAACAGUACUAAAAGUGAUUAUGUGCGGCGCAUUUUACCCGAACUACUUCAUUCGUUCCUCGGAGUGCCAUCGCGAAAACGAGGAAAAAGAACACGUGCGUGCUGUGGGCGGGCGUAAUCCCUUACGCACGGUCUACUUGACAGGUUUCGAUAACCAGCAACCGGGGGCGCUGUACGCCAAGCAGAUCAAGAAAAUGUUCUCCGACGGACACAACGAGCAAAACAUUAAUGUGGGCUUCGACGGAAGCUGCAAAGUGUAUGUGGAGUUUAAGCAAAAACCCAUAGACGACUUUUUAACAGUAAAAGAGAAUGGUAGAAGCGCCAUUGUCACAUUGCCGGGAAACAUACCCAUGCAAAUGUACGAGUGUAUAAGGAAAAGGCAGCUAAAAUAUGAAUUUAACUUAAAAUUGCUUUCAAAAGAUGAGGCUUUCAAGUUGGCGGAAAAGUAUGGUUUAAAUCAGGCUUCCGCCUUGCCUUCUUUGAUUGACCCAAACGAAAAAAAUUGUUUCACCCCAAUUGACUAUAAUCCAAUUCCGACUUUGGAUGUUGAAUUUAUUAGUAUUCAUAUUACUUCAAACAUCGACGCAGGCCACUUUUGGUGCCAGCACACGAACGAAGAGACACGAAACUUGGGCAUGAUUAUUGAGCGUGAGCUGAACAGACAGGUGCUUCACCCUGCCAUCGCUACGUGCGAAGAGUUCCACAAGCUAAAUAACGCGAACAUUUACGCCGCCAGAUGGAGCACCGACAAUAAGUUCUACCGAUGCAAAAUCAGCGCUGCCAGCGGCAAAUACGCUUACGUUUCUUUCAUUGACUACGGUAACGUGGAAAAAAUCCCCGUGGACCAAAUAUACGAUGUUCCCAAAAAUAUACCGGAAUUGAACACAGCCCCAUUAGCAGUGGAGUGCGUUCUAAAAGGUAUCAAACCAGCGGCUCAAACAAAUCCGCAGGGCGUUUGGUCUGUUCGCGCAAACAACUUUUUCGCUGAGAUUGUUGAUAACAGAGUUCUAACUGCCAAGGUGUACUCAGUUGUUGACGAUACUGUACAUUUGAUAAUGUUCUACAAGGGUAGAGAUAGAAGGGAUUACUGUUUGAAUGAGGUUUUGAUUAAAGAGGGGUUUGCUGUGGAAAGCAAGGAAAGUUAUUUAUCUGAGGAAAACCACGUAAAACGCACGCUAAUCCAAUCGACAGACAACCCGAACCAAGCGGCCGUACUGUCGAUGGGCAAGGCGGAAAGAGUGUGCGACGAAAGCAACAAUCCGAGCUUUACAACGCUCGACGACCAAUACGCGACAGUUACGCAGCUGAAAGGUCCCUACAGCCCGCUCGAGAUGCGCCUGUAUGGUUGCGUGGAGAGCUCUUGCAACAAAAGAGUGGACAUCGAGAGCAGCAGCGUUAAUGCUGUGCUAUUGGAUUCGCAGGCCAGUGAUUCACAUUCCAUAAUGUUGGUAGCUGGCAGCGUGAUCCAGGGCCAGACAGGCAACAACAUUAAACUCCGCCAGACCACCCUGAUGCCAAACAUCCCAGGCUUGCCGGCCGUCAUGGCCAUGCUGUUCUGCCCGACAAUGGAACCGAAACUGAUAGACGACGCGUCGCGCGUCGCGUCGCUCCUCUGCGGCAUGGGGUGCCACGAGGUGACCGAGAAGCCCGUGCAUCCGUCGCACGACAUGACCAUCGUUCUCGACACGAUACUCAAGGCCGACGAGAUCGACGAGAUCAACAACUUGAGACAUUUGAUGAACAACUGUGUAAAAGCUAUGAACAGCAAUUACACAAAUAACAAUAAAAUAGAUCAAGACACAAUUUUUCAAGCACAAAGAAACAUUAUUCAAGCACUAUUCAGCAUUAUAUACCGAAACCGCACAUCAGUAAACAGAUGUGAUGUAAAAUUCGCAAACUACUGGGGAAAAUCGGUCGCCGAUGCAGUGGUUUUGGAACCGGAAGUAUACAAAGAACCCGAGGACAUUUGGCCCUUGCUUUGGUUCGUCAAAAUACACGAACCCGUGUCCGAGCAAAAUGAGAUGAUAUCAAGAAACUUGGAAGAAAUCUUGUCUAUGGCAAAAAGCCAUAUUCCCCCCAAACAAGUGGACUGCCUACUGUGUUCUGUAACAUUGUAUGAUGUUUUUGAAAUAAGAAAACACCUGAUUUCCAAGGAACACAAAAAUAAUUACCAGGCUUAUAAAGAAAGUUGUUGUUUUGACGAUUAAGCUACGUUUUUUUAGUUUUUAAGAAUAUGACUUUUUAUUAAGCAUGUUUCCCGUUUUAUUUUUAUAACAAAAUGUGAU